GCGCGUCUCUUCUCGCAGUUCGCACGACACACACCUUGUUUCAUGCUUGGGAUUGAAACGUUGCACAAAUUGCACCAGUCGUAGCAAAGGAGUUCGCAUCUGAAGUCCUCAAGCGCGCGCUGCGAUUUCCAGUGACAGUUAAAUCCCUUCACUUGGGUUUGGUGCUCAUGGUCGAAACCACACUCGAUUGAAACAGCAGGCAUUGAGGAACUGUCAUGUCUAAAUCGACCUCCGAGAUUGAUACGCUUUAUACAGAAGUUCACCGUCGAAUGAUUGAGAGUGGAGAGUGGGAUCGAAUAUUACAUCUCAUGUCCUCUAAGUUAUCUGAAAGCGGAUGGACAGAUGAUCUUCUGCACCGUGCCAAAGAGAACGGUAGGACUAUGGAUCCGGUUUCCCUUCAGACGAUUCUGCGGGAAUUGUCAUUGCAUGCGCAAACAAGCGUGCCUCUCUCCGUGAAACGAGAAAUCACGACUCUUAUCAAACAGUUCGUAAAGGAGCAAUUCGAGAAGUAGCCACUACACCCUCUCUACUUAUCUCAUGCGACACCGUCAUGUAACUAGUCCACAAUAAUUUGUCAAGGGAGCUAAAUGUGAAUGACUUCUGGGCUAUUGUCACCCUUGCAUUCGAAAGUUACGCAACCCGGCGUUUUCCUGCGGUAAGCGUGAUUGGAUUUC